AUGAAGAAGAUUUUUCUUGAUAAACCUUCCGAUAAUUUAUUUAGAAUUUUAAAAAAAUACGAAAGUUCUACUAAACUAAAAAUUAAAGAAUAUGUAGAAUGUUUAAAAAAUUUAUCUAACCAUAAAAAGUUAUUAAGGAUAGAUAUGAAUGGAAGAGAGAAAAAAAUCAGCAAGUACUUUUUUGAUAAGAAUAAAUAUAUAUAUGUGAAAAAUAAAGACGAUAUAAAAUCGUUUGAAAACAAAGAGAAAAGAGAAAAUACAAACAUAUUUGUUAUAAAAAAAAGUUUAAAAAAAGAAAGAAAAUUACAUAAAUCGUUAAAAGUAUUUAAAGAUACAUAUGAUUUAUCACAAGAAGAAAUUAUAUAUAUGAAAUUCAUAUACAAAAUAAAAAUAAAGAAUAUAUUUUCACUAAUAAAUAAUUUGAGAAAAAAUAUUUACAUAGAUAAGCAAAAAGAAAAAAUAUUGUUAAAUUGCAUAUACAAAUAUUUAAGUUAUAAUUGUUAUGUUUUAUCAAAAAAUGAGUUUUUUUUUUUUAUUUAUAUUUUCCCUCAACAAAUAAAAUAUUCAAAUAAGGUUAUGUAUUAUAUAACUAGUCUAUUGGAUAAUGAUAAUAUAAAUAUAAAUGAAUUUAUUACUCUAAUCACUGAAAUUAAUUUAUUGUACAUUAAUUAUCAUAUUAGAGAUAAAUAUAUUGAUUAUUUAAACCGAAAUAUAAAUAAUAUAAAUAUACUUCAUAUAUUUGAUAUAUUAACUAAAGGGUCCUAUGUAUUUACUAUUUUAUUAAAUUAUUCUUAUGAAAAAAAAUAUUUUAUCUUUAUAGAAAAUUUACUGAAUGUAAUAAAAGAAAAAAAAAUUGUCUUUAAUGAAGAAAUAAAAUAUAAAUACUUAAAUUUUAUUUCAGAUUACGUAAAUAAUAAUAUUUAUUCGAAUACUUUUUUUAGUGAUGUAUAUACUUCAUUAUAUAAAAAAAUAUUUUUAGAAAAUUAUGAUUAUAUAAAAGAUAUUGAUUAUAUUAAAAGUGUAAUUAAAUUAACCAACCACGAUAUCAUAUUAAGGAAUAUUAAUAAUAUAUUAUUGAAGAAAAACAGACAGACAAUUUUAUGUAAUGAUAAAAAUAUUAAAAUAAAAGUGUUUCCAUCUUAUUUAGAGGAAGCAAAAGAAAAUAAAGUACAUGGAAUAGAUAUAAAUUCCAAUUACAAUGAUAAUUUUAAUUCAAAUAACGUUAAAAACGAAAAAGAUAAUAUAAAUGCAUUGUGUAACAGCAUUAAUAAAAUAAAAAAUUUAAACAUAAAAGAGAAUUUUUUUGAGGAAAAAAAAAAUAAUUCAAAUUAUUUAAGUGAAGUUUCAUCAGAAAACAAAAAUAAAAUAAAUUAUGCAAAUGUAGAAAUGCAUACAAAAAAAAACUGUGUAAAUAUAAAUAAUGACAAUUCUCAUUUUAAAAAAAUAGAAUAUAAAAAAAGUAAAAAUAUGUGUAUUAGUAACAAUAAAGAAAAUAUUUUUAAUAAUAAUAAUAAUGAAAACCUCAUAUAUGAAGAAAAGCUAAUCCAAAAUAGGGAAUCUAUGAACUGUAAAUUUCAAACAAAAAAAAAUAUAUUUUGUUUUACUUAUCCAUGGGAUAAAAUAAAAAAUAUGAAGUAUGAAGAAUUAAAAGAAAAAUAUAAAAUAUCAACAAAAAUAACUGACAAAAAUAUAAAAAUUUUAUUGAAAUUUCUAAAAAUAUCUUUUCAUUCCAAAAACUCUUAUUUAGAUGAGAUAUUUGAUAAAAAAAAUAUAUUCCAAAUAAUGUCUAGUAUAAAAAAUAGGAAUUUGAAAUAUGAUAAAAAUAAUGAAAAUUUUGUAAAAUUGUUUUAUCAAUUUGUUGAUAAGUGGAAUCAUAUAAGUAUAAAGAAAACUAUUAAUGAAAAUUGUAUUAGAUCAUUUGAAAAAAAAGAAACAGAGGAAAAAAAGAUAACAGAUAAACUGGAAAAUAAAUCUUCACCUUCAUGUAUUAUAGCAAAUACAAAAACUGAUGUAAAAAAGGAAAAUAUUAAAAUAGACAUAAAUAAAAAAAAAAAAAGUAGUUAUACGAACUUCAAUUAUUAUUUAGUAUCAUCUAAUAUAAAAAAGGAGCCCAAUUUAUAUGAAAAAAAGGAUGCACUUUUACAUGAAUGCUUUAAUAAUUCAUUAGAAUAUCAAAUUAAAAAUAAUUUUUUUAGCUUUAAUUUAGAAAAAAAAAAUAAUAAUAAUAUUUUAAAUUUAGUUAACAAUAUUUAUUUUAAUUUAGACUAUAAUAAUAAAAUUUAUUAUAAAUCUCAAAUAAACUCCACUUCAAAAUUUUUAUAUUAUCUUUGCUAUUCUUUUAACUCAUAUUUUGAAAAUAUAAAAAAUAAUGAUACAAGAUAUAAAAUUAUAAACUUAGAUUGUUUUAUAAAAACUUUUUAUGAAAUAUUUACGUUUGUUUUAAAGAAUAUUAAUCUUAUAAAUAUUUCCAAUUAUUUUUAUAUUUUUGUUUCCUUAUCUAAAUUUGUUAAUGCUCCACUAGUUACAGGUGGAGAUGAAAAGAAAAAUAAUAAAAACGAUUAUAAUAGUAGAAUAUCAGUUUUAUUAUAUAUUAUACAUUUAAUAAAAAAAUAUGAAUAUAACAAUAUAAAAAAUAUAUUAGAUGAUAAAAAUAAUCAAAAUUACUUUUUAUAUAGUGAAUAUGAUAAGAAUAAUAUGAGUAAAUACAAAAAAUUGAGUUAUGAUAUUCUUCAUGAAAGCAUUCUUAAUAAUUUUAAAUUAGAUAAUAUAUAUAUUUCUAACGUAAUAAAAAAUGAAAGAUUACUUAAAAAAGACUCAGCACAUGAUUUAGAAAAUAAAAACGAUGUAAAAUAUAUAAAUAACACAAAUGCCAAAAAUGAUAAUAAUAACAAUAAUAUAAUUAUUAUGAAUAAUAAUUUAAAUUCAUUAUUUUAUAAUUAUAUAUUUAUUAAUAGCUACAAUUUUAUUAUAAUGUUUUUAAACAAUUAUUUUGAUUUUACUAACUUUAAAUUGAAAAAAUUUUUAAUUAGUAUAUUUUAUUUAUAUAAAAUGAUUCCAUCCAAUAUAAAAUUUAUAUAUCAUUUAGAAUCAAAGUUGUAUAAUAACCACAUAAAUUUUGUUAAUAGAUAUUUCUAUAUAUUUAACGGAGUAAAUGAAAAUAAAAGGUUAUUAAAUAAAGAAUAUGUAGCAUUAAUUAAAGAAUAUUAUUUAAAAGAAUGUAGUUAUAAUAACUUAAUUUAUUCAGAAAACCUUAUCUAUAAUUAUAAAUAUAACAUUUAUGAUAAUAUCGAAAAUAUAUUUCAAAAAAAAAAACAUUUUUUUUUACUAGAAGAUACUUUAAAUUUUACUUUUAUAUACAGUUUAAAUAAAUUUUACUAUUCUACAAUAUAUUAUGAUAUUUCUAAACAUUUAUACAAAUUUGACAUAAUAUUCUUAAAUGAAAAAAUUAAAACGUUGUUAUUUUUUUUAUUUUUUCAAUGUAAAAGUGUAUAUAAGCCUCUUUCCUUUUUGUUGCUAUCUGAGAUUAUGAAAUAUGAUUGUAUCAAAAAUUCAGGAAGAAUUAAUUUAUAUAUUUUAUGUAAUCUCAUAUUAAUAUUAAUUAAAGAUAGCAAAAUUAAAAUAAAAAAUACUAUUUAUAUUAAAAGAAAAUACAGUAAAUUUCAUUGUAAUUAUUUUUUCCCAUUAGAGAUAUUUGUUUUAAAAAAUUUAUUAAUUUUCGUUGAAAAAAAAAUAAAAAAUUUAGAAAAAAAUAUUGAAUCAAGAGAAGAUAGAACAAAAAGUAUAAAAGAAAAAAUGAAUGUAUAUAACCCUUUCAUAUUUAAUUUAAAGUAUUUUAAAGAUGAUUUCAAAAUGAAUAUUCCAUUAUUAAUUAAACUAUAUAAACAAUAUUGUCAAAUAAAAAGUGUAAAAGAAAAAAAUAAUAUAAAUAGCGGUUUCUCUUCUUUUUUUUAUUUUGAUGAUGCAAUAGAAUCAGAAAUUUUUAAAAAUUCUUUAAAUUUUUUAUCUUAUGAUUAUGUAACUGAAAAUUUUCACAUACCUAAAAAAUCAUUAUAUUAUGAUAUAUUGUGCCAUUUUAAAAAAAAUAACAUAAAUAUUCUUUAA